UUGUAGGUACUGGUUGACUGUAUUAUCUGAACAUCUACCCGAUCUCGUUGAUAAGGCAGUGGCAAGUGAGGGUGGCACUGAAGAUGCAAAAAGAAGGGGAGAUGCAUUUGCUCGAGCAUUUUCAGCACAUUUGGCAAGGUUGAUGGAGGAGCCUGCCGCGUAUGGUAAGCUUGGACUGGCCGACCUGUUGGAACUACGAGAAGAGUGCUUGAGAGAGUUUCAUUUCUUUGAUGCAUACAGAAGCAUUAAACAAAGGGAGAAUGAAGCAUCACUCGCAGUUUUACCCGAUCUUCUGAUGGAACUUGAUGCCAUGAGUGAGGAAAUGAGACUACUUACCCUAAUUGAAGGAGUGCUUGCUGCAAACAUCUUUGACUGGGGAUCACGUGCCUGUGUUGAUCUUUAUCACAAAGGAACAAUCAUUGAAAUAUAUAGAAUGAGCCGCAACAAGAUGCAGAGACCAUGGCGGGUUGAUGAUUUUGAUGCUUUCAAGGAGAGAAUGUUAGGGUGCGGAGAGAAGAAACCACCGCAGCCUCAUAAAAGAGCAUUGCUAUUUGUAGACAACUCAGGUGCUGAUGUUGUUCUUGGAAUGCUUCCACUAGCACGGGAGCUUCUUAGGCGUGGAACUGAAGUUGUGCUGGUAGCAAACUCGCUCCCGGCAUUAAAUGAUGUUACUGCUAUGGAGUUGCCUGAUAUUGUUGCUGAGGCUGCAAAGCAUUGUGGAAUUCUGCGAGGAGCUGCAGAAGCAGGCGGGCUUCUUGUAGAUGCAAUGAUUGGCAUCCAAGGUGAUGAUGGAUGUAAAGAAGAAGAAGAAGAAGAAGGUCACCUUUCCUCGGUUCCUUUGAUGGUUGUUGAGAAUGGAUGCGGGAGCCCAUGUAUAGACUUGAGACAGGUUAGCUCUGAGUUAGCUGCCGCAGCCAAGGAUGCUGAUUUGAUAAUUUUGGAAGGAAUGGGGCGAGCUUUGCAUACCAACUGCAAUGCCAAGUUCAAAUGUGAUGCUUUGAAGCUUGCGAUGGUGAAGAAUCAGCGACUGGCUGAGAAACUGAUCAACGGCAACAUUUAUGAUUGUGUUUGCAGAUAUGAACCCGCCUCAGCUUAGAUUUGCCUUCUCAUCCAAACUCAACCUGCUGCUGGCUUUGGUGUUGGGUGCAGUGUGUUGAGAAUAGGGGGUAGUGUUGUGUUGGGGUACAUACGUGGUAAAGAACGAACACCGAUGUGCACACCAUGAUUGGUGGGUGGCAGACAUGAAGAUGCAUGCUAGGGUGAAUUUGUGAAUAUACUACUACUACUACCAUAAACCAUAAAGUCGUGUUACAAUGAUAUCAUGCAUGGAUAACAUUAAGGAUGACAUCAUUUACGAUUCUGUUUUCGCGGAUAAUGACUUGAUAAGAUGCAUGAAGUUAAAUUGAUAUGAUUAGAUAAGUGUAUGAUUGGAUAAAACAAAUCACUAAAACAAAACUAUUUUU